AUGAGACCACUUUCGAUCACCAAUCUCACCUUAUCAUUAUCAUGUUUAUAUCUCUCAUUCGAUCUCACUCGAGCUGCACCUUCACCACAAGACAUGCAUGCUGGAAUUCAGCUAUCAGAAUCUAACUUUGAUGAGUCUAUUAAAAACGGUAUAUGGCUUAUUGAACAUUACUCACCGUUUUGUGUACAUUGUAAGCACUUCGCACCAACAUGGAUUGAGUUAUGUGAAGCUGUGAAACCAUUCGAGACCCGUGGUUUGCAUAUGGCGCAGGUCGAUUGCAUUGCACAGGGAGAUCUAUGCGUCAAAAACAAGGUAGAAUUCUACCCACAGAUGAAACUCUAUUCAGAUGGUGUUUUCCUUGAAACCUACGAGGGUUCAAAGAAAGUUGAAGAACUGAAAGCCUAUCUAGACAAACAAUCAAAUCAAUAUCUUUCCAAUAAAACCUCUACAAAUGAGCCAUCAACACCAAAAUCUACUACUGCAUCUCCCACCAAACCGAUAGUCGAAGUACCACAACCUCAGGCUUCAACCGAGGAUCAAAUCAGCACAGCUCAUGAUGAUCAUCAACUACCUAAGGAACCAAUUAAGACCACACAGCCCGAACCUCAAAUUCCUGAAGAUGUUAAAGCGCUACCGAAUCAAGAUGGAAAAUUGAUUUCACUUACACCGCAAACAUGGGAAUCACAUACUUCAACUGGUCCUAUAUUUAUCAAAUAUUACGCUCCAUGGUGUGGACAUUGUCAAAAACUUGCACCCACUUGGGCGGAUCUGGCUAGGUUAUUAAUUCAUCAUGUCAAUGUAGCCGAGUUCAAUUGUGAUGAAAAAGGUGACUUCAAAGCACUUUGUCGCAAAGAAGGUGUUCCUGGAUUUCCUACAUUAUUCUUUUACCAGGACGGGAUCAAGGUUGAAUAUGUCGGCCCAAGGACACUGACAGCAAUGGAGAGUUUCGCCAAAAAGGCCGCAAUAACAGGUGGUGCUAGAGACAUCUCGUCAAGUACGCUAAGAAAAGUAAUGAGUGAAGAAGAAGUUUUCUUUUUAUACCUAUAUGAUCAAAAUUCGACACCGAAGCAGGACUUAGACGCAUUGCAAGAAGCCGCCAAAUCCAUGUUGGGAACGGCCAUCGUCUAUAAAUCACAUUCACCGGAACUUUUCCGUCAAUUUGGAGUCCCAUCAAUCAGCAUCCCGACCUUACUAGUCUUCAAGGAUCUCGAUGAACAACCAUGGUCGAGUACAUCUAUGAAUAGGACUGGACUAAAACAAUGGAUCUCUUCUAACAGCUUACCCAUCAUGCCUGAAAUGAGUGGCAUGGUAUAUGAUUCAGUGUUGAAGCCGAAUGUAAGGAAAUUAGUGGUAAUGGUCUGUUUAGCAGGCGGUAAGAAUCCAGCGCUUUUAGACGAAUUGAAAGGUUGGGCUAAACAAUGGAGAAGAAGUCAGCAAGCUAGAGAAGUGAACGUGGUAGUUGAUUGGGUUUGGGUGGAUGGGAAUGGUCAAUGGGCUGGUUGGCUCAAUAAUGUGUAUGGUGUUCAAGUCGGAUCUGGAUCAGCAGGAGCAGAUCUGAGAAAAGAAUCUAGAAUUAUUAUUGUAGAUGGAAUUAAGAAAGAGUAUUACGAUCAUCAAGCUAAUGAUGUUAGAAUCACUUGGAAUCCUACUUCUGUCUUUCAAACACUCUUGGCGAUCGAAUUGGGUAAAGUGGAACCUAAGAUAUUCGGAUCUUUGAUCGAUAGAUCAAUCUCGAGGUUGAGAAAAUCAUCCAGUCAAUUGAUUGGUUCAAUGCGAAAUCAUUGGAUAGCAUCAAUGUCCAUCUUUAUUGGUUUGAUAGCAUUCCUGUUUAAGAAAAAAAGUGUGAUGCAUCUAUUGAGAAACAAUAUCCAAAGUAAAAAUCAUCAAGACCUUGAACAUUUUAAUCAGAGAGGUCGUUUAACUCCUAAUGGAAAUAGUAAAAAUAAUUCCAAGUUUUCACCUAAAGCUGAUUAG